AUGGCGGAGGCUGCGAGCCUCAUUGAAAAGUAUAGAGUUGAUGGAGGCGUCGACCUGUCCAAGGCCGCGGAGAUCCACAACAACAUUUUGAGCUUCAAGCCCGAGUGGGAGAGCUACGAGGCCACGAAGAGUUCAGCGCACAUACUCAAGCUCAUUGAAGCAGAUGCGCCAGCCAUCAAGAAUAAAUCCAUGAUUCAAGGCCAUAUACAAGUUCUCCAAGCAUGCAUGGCGCUGAUGGGUUCUCGAGAAGACAAGCCAAUUCAGUGGCUCUUGACCCUGUUCUACGAUAUGCUGAGAGAAGACAGCAGCGGAUACGCCAUCUUCGAGGAUGCAACAAAGCAACGGAUCGAGAUCUACAAGCCUCUUCUGUCGCUGCUCCAGCGGCCGGGCCUGGAGAACUACACUUCCGACAAGGUGGCAUGGCUGCUCUCAGCCGUGAUGAGUCACGUGCCGCAUGUUGCGACAGAGGCGAGCGUCAAGGAGUUUCUGGGCGAGAUCCUUGACUCCUCGAAGACGAAUUGCUCAGAACUGGGUCAGCUGGAGGCAAUCACAAACUUGCUCAAGGGAGACGUCUACAGAAAGCUUGUUUGGUCCUCUGCAGGAAUUCCGGACCGCAUCUUCAGGAUACAGCCCAAAUCUUCACCCUCGCCACAUCUCUACAAGUGCAUCUUCGCAAUCUGGGCGUUGUCUUUCGAUCCGCAGAUUACCAGCGAGAUGAAGGAGAUGUACGUGAUCAAAAAGUUGAAGGAGACCCUCAUGUACAGCCGGGUGGAGAAGGUUGUCCGAUUGUGCUUGACUGUACUGAAAAACUUCCUCAGUCACAAGAGCAUGUGCGAGGACAUUGUCGAGGAAGGCAUUCUAGAGGCCGUGCAGCAGCUAGAGUUCGAGAAAUGGCGAGAUGCCGAACUCUACGACGACAUUAAGGCGAAAUGGCAAGACAAGAUUGAAUCCAAGAGAAGCAGAUUAAAAUCGUGA